UUUUGCAUACUAAGUUUUCAAUUGUCGACACUAUUAAGUGUUUAAUAUAGCAUGGUGUUAAUCCUUUUUUUUCUGGGAAGGUGAGAUUCUUGAAAUUAUGUGCGUGUCUUCAUUACGUAACUGAACCCUAAAUCACUGUCAUUUUCGAACAGCAAGCAUAACCUGAAGGCCAUUUCCAAUACCAACCACACUCUCACUUGGAUUCAGUCAGAGACCAUCACCAUAUUCUCACACAAUCAAACCUUCGGUCCCACUUUCCUUUCUCCUUAUUACUCUAUACAUCAAUGCCGGCCAUUCUUAUUCUAUUGCAUUUCUCUUUAUUAUAAAUAUAUUCUUAACCCUAAACUGUUUAAUAUGUGCCAUCUUUUCUUUACUUUCCAACUAUUACCACACCAUGUCCAAACGAUUCAAAAUCAAAUUCAAUGUUCCUUCCUUUCAGAUAUGUCGCUCAAAAGACCUUUCUUCUUUCCCAGGAAACCCCGUUCCUGCCAUAUACCGUCUCUCUCCCGUUAACCACAACGCACGUCAUCCCAACCUUCCUUCUCCCCAAUCGUCCAAGAUAACGUCGUCCGUUUCGCAGGGGUGCAAAAUGUGCCGUGACAAGGAGCCGUACAAAGCGAAAUCCAGAAGCCGGAAAGGCACGUCGAGCGUUCCGUCGAGGCGAAGCGAUUUUCUGAUCGACAACGUCGAGGAAGAGGAAAGCGAGACUCUGAUUUCUUGCUUGACAAGUUUCUCCGACGAGAUUUGUCACGACGAGGCGAGGGACUUGAGAAACAGUAGGCAUAGAAGGAAGGCGAGCAGCGUGAAGAAGGUUCAGAGCGUGAGGUUUCGGAGCUCUUCGGAGAAUCGAGGAGGAGCGGGAACGACGGAGAAGGUGAAGAAAAUGUCGACGACGGUGACGCGGAGCAAUGUUGAGGGGAAGGUGAGGGAGAGCUUUGCGGUGGUGAAGAAGUCGAAGGAUCCUUACGAAGACUUCAAGAAAUCGAUGAUGGAGAUGAUAACGGAGAUGGAGAUGUCUGAGGCGGAAGACCUGGAACAGCUUUUGCAGUGUUUCUUGGCUUUGAACUCGCGGAGUUACCAUGCAGUCAUCGUUAGAGUUUUCAUGGAGAUUUGGCAACAAAUGUUCGUGUGGAACCCAAAGUCCGUGAAAAAUCUCACGGACGUUAAAACUGAUACGGAAAAGUAAAUUGUGCUUUGUUUUAGGUUACUUUAUAUGUGAAUGAGUUAGUCUUAGGAUGUUUGAUUUGUUUUUGGAUUGAAAAUUUAUUCAUAUACACCUUUAAUUUAGUCUGCUUCAAUUCUAGUUAGAGAAAUAUUAUGAAAAGAGAUGUGUGGAAUACAU